GCUGUUUCCUGCCUGAUCAGUAUGGAUGCAGAGUGACAUCACGAUUUAGCCAGCAAAGGAUGGAAUAAUGAGGAGGAGGGGAGGCAGUACACAGAGUGUGUGUGAGUGUGUCUGGAGGCAGCCACGCACCAAGAUCUGCAGUCAGAAUACAGCAGCUUAGGAGACUGGUCCCCACGCUUUGACACAGCCCUGUAUGACUGUCACCAAGAUGUCGUGGCGCCCGCAGUAUCGCAGUUCUAAAUUUAGGAACGUAUACGGCAAGGUCGCAAGUCGAGAGAACUGUUAUGAAUGUAUACCCAUCACCAAGAAUGUGCAUGACAACUCAUUCUGUGCUGUCAACUCCAAAUUCCUGGCUAUUGUCACCGAGAGUGCAGGAGGGGGUGCAUUUCUGGUGAUCCCCCUCCACCAGACUGGACGCAUUGAGCCCAACCACCCCAAGGUGUGCGGGCACCAGGGCACAGUGCUGGAUAUUAAGUGGAACCCAUUCAUUGAGAAUGUCAUCGCCUCCUGCUCCGAGGACACUUCGGUGCGGAUAUGGGAAAUCCCGGAUGGUGGGCUCAAGAAGAACAUGAAUGAAGCAGUGCUGGAUCUGUAUGGACACAGCAGAAGAGUGGGGCUCAUAGAGUGGCAUCCUACUGCCAACAACAUAUUGUUCAGCUCAGGCUAUGACUAUAAGAUACUGAUCUGGAAUCUGGAUGAUGGGGAAGCAAUGAAAAUGAUAGACUGUCACACGGAUGUCAUCCUUUGCAUGUCAUUUAACACAGAUGGGAGUCUAUUGGCGACCACCUGCAAAGAUAAGAAGUUACGUGUGCUGGAACCUCGUUCAGGGAGAGUGCUGCAGUCAGCAACCUGUAAAAACCACAAAAUGACUCGAGUUGUUUUCCUGGGAGACUUGAAGCGUCUACUUACAACAGGAGUCUCUAAGUGGAAUACAAGGCAGAUUGCACUGUGGGAUCAGGAGGAUUUGUCAGUGCCGCUGAUAGAAGAAGAGAUAGAUGGGCUGUCAGGGAUGCUGUUUCCUUUCUAUGAUAUGGACACACACAUGCUGUACCUGGCUGGAAAGGGAGACGGAAACAUCCGAUAUUAUGAAAUAACAGCGGAAAAGCCAUUCCUGACCUAUCUCAUGGAAUUCCGGUCAGCCAUUCCCCAGAAAGGACUUGGAAUAAUGCCAAAGCAUGGGUUGGAUGUAUCAGCAUGUGAGAUAUUUCGCUUUUACAAGCUGAUCACCUUAAAGAAUCUCAUAGAGCCAAUAUCUAUGAUAGUUCCAAGAAAGUCAGAAACCUACCAGGAGGACAUUUAUCCUAUGACCCCGAGUUUUGAGCCAGCUGUGAGUGCUAAGGAAUGGCUAAGUGGCAUCAACAAAGACCCCAUUCUGAUGAGCCUGAAGGAAGGGUACCGGAAGGAGUCAAAUGCUACAUUUAAAGCACCAGUGAGAGACAAGAAGAGUAUGGUGGUAAAUGGCAUUGAUUUACUAGAGAAUGUGCCACCACGCACUGAAAAUGAACUGCUGCGCAUGUUCUACCGGCAGCAGGAUGAGAUCCGACGUCUGAAGGAGCAGCUGGCUCAGAGAGACCUCCACAUCCGACAGCUUGAACUGGGGCUCAGAAACCUGAGAAAUAGUCCUAAGGAGAGCUAGCUGUCCUUGGCACCCUCAUGGUGGCCAUAUCUUGUGACCGGAACAGAUGACUUCCCCAUGUACCUGACCUUAUGGGGAUAUAGACUAACUGGCCCUACUGCCUGUAACAGGCACCUGGCAAUGUGUAUUGAUCUGCACUAAUUACUCAAACCAUCAUGUAUUCAUGUAAGGGUCUUGCAUAUGUGUAAAUGCAACUAACUCCUCAUGUACUCCAAAAACCCAGGGCUCAUAAACAAGGCCAACACUAUUAAGCCCAACUGUUUCAGAUGGGUUAUGUUAAAUUCCCAGUUGUGAGCCUUACAUGUAUAUUUUGGGGGAAAAGAGAUGGCUUUGUAAAAGAUUUUUCAGGCUAUAGGCUGAUUAUACACAGGAAGAGUUUGCUGCACAAUACAAACAAUUUGAUGCAUUUGUGAAGCUAUCUUACCCUGUGUGAUGUGAAAACUCACAGAGGACAUUCAGAGGCUGGAUGUCAUGGUUGCAGGGCAUGUGAUGGUUUCAUUAUUUUUUUUGUUUUACAAAUUCACUAUUUAUUUCUGCUUGCACAGAGGUUGGCAUAUGUAGUACUGCUUCAUAGACACUUAAUAGUGCAUAAGCAUGUCAGGUAAUGCAAGGAUCACAAAAUGGUCUGUUUGUUUGAAUGAUUAAAUAACCUUUGUAUGGCCAGCUUCAUAUUCUGCUUCAACUGCCUUCAAGGGAGGGGACUUUAAGUCUUUACCAAAAAUGCAAAAUAGUAGCUCACAACAGCAGAGAGCUACAGUCUAGAGUUGACUGGUCACUUCGUUACUCCACACUUUCUGUUAAUUAUUUGCUAAAGGGGCCCUCAUUAGAGCCCUUGAAAUAGUCUUUACGGUCACUCCUUAAUUCACAAGCAACCUGGUACCACAAAUCAUGUACAAACUUGCAAAAGGCCUAAUUGUACCUUUAUGGUAAAAGACUCUA